CCGACACCCCGCGCACGUCUAACGCGCAGCUACGUCACCAUCCGGUCUCUACGAUAGAGAAGGGCGCGAGAUAGAAACCCAGGAGCGCGGACAACCCGGGCGCUCCGCUCCAGCUGGCUAAUAGCUGCAACUUUAGCCUUCAUCACAACAGCAGCGGGCCUCCGUCACCUUCACUGGCUGCUGCCUCAUAAAGACAAACAAACACGCGGAAUAUAGCGAUAUUAUACCAAAUAGACGCGCACAUGACGUGAACCGGCUGCUGGAACAAAUCACCGCCUGACCGUAAACAACAGAAACAGAGGGAAAUGUCUCGGUGGCCGCGCGGUGAGGAUGGAGAGGAGGCCAUGCAUCAAGACACCGACUCUGAUGUGGCAGAGCAGAGAGACGGUGGGAAAGUGAAGGUGAAAUGGACACAAGAGGAGGAUGACAAGCUCAAGGCACUGGUUCAAAAACUGGGACCAAAUGAUUGGAAAUAUAUCGCCAACUACGUACCAAAUCACACUGAACACCAGUGUCAGCACCGUUGGUUUAAGGUCUUGGAUCCAGAAUUGGUCAAAGGCCCUUGGACCAAAGAGGAGGACGAGAAGGUUAUAGAGCUUGUAAAUCUCUACGGCAACAAGCAGUGGGCGAUGGUGGCCAAGCACCUGAAGGGCAGACUGGGGAAGCAGUGUCGAGAGCGCUGGCACAACCACCUCAAUCCCAAUGUGAAGAAGUCCUCGUGGACGGCGGAGGAGGACCUCAUCAUCUACAAGGCUCACUGCCUGCUGGGAAACCGCUGGGCGGAGAUUGCCAAGCUUCUCCCUGGAAGGACGGAUAAUGCAGUGAAGAACCACUGGAAUUCCACCAUCAAACGCAAAUUAGAGAUGGGCUUUUAUGCCGGGGAGGUCUUUAGUCCGAGUGAACUUGAGGAGCUGUUGGACCGUGUUAAUAAAGAUGUGCAGAUGUCCACUAGCUCCCAAGAUGUUACAGAAAAUGAUCCAGAGGAGACAACGCAACCUUCGUCGCAGGAAACGCCCGUCUCAGACUCGGUUAAAGCCAGGCCCGGCGAAGAGGGGCCGUCAAAGGCCGCGUCCUCUCCUACGGAAAGUUUGAGUCCCAAGUCCGAAGGGGACGCCGCGGGAGAAAUGAACAUUACCAGCUGGGUGGUAGACAGCUCUGGCUUUCUCUCCCCCGCUGGCCCAGUACUGAAGGAAGUGCUGGACAUGGUGGACGGGGACCUGGAUGGCUGGUGCAACUUGGCGGCCUUUGACCUGCCGGAGGACAGUCCGAGCCCAGAGCGCCACCAGUUUCGCCUGGAGGCCAGCGCCCUGCAGGAGCUGAGCAAAGGCAGCAAGGGCGAGCUCAUCCCCAUCUCCCCCGGAGGGGUCACGCCGCCCUCCAUACUGAACCGCCGCAGCCGGAGACGGAUCGCCCUGUCCCCCGACGCCAAUAACUCCAUGACUCCCAAGAGCACUCCUGUCAAAAUCCUGCCCUUUUCUCCAUCUCAAUUCCUCAACAUGUGGACCAAGCAGGACACUCACGACCUGGAGAACCCGUCACUCACAUCCACGCCAGUGUGCAGCCAGAAAGCCCUAGUUACUACACCGCUACAGAGGGACAAGACCCCCCUCACCCAGAAGGAAAACUCAGCAUUUGUUACUCCCAACCACAAGUCCGAUCUCUGUUCGACCCCACGAACCCCUACGCCGUUCAAAAACGCCAUGGAGAAGUACGGGCCUCUGCAGCCUCUGCCUCAGACUCCAAACCUUGAAGACGACAUAAACGAGGUCAUCAUGAGAGACUCUGGGAUUGACUUGAUUGGUUCACGCUCGACUCCGCCUGAGCAAAGGCGCAAAACGAUGCAUCGGCCUCCUAUGAAGAAAGUGCGGAAAUCAUUGGCCCUGGAUGCCGUGGACUGCCAUGUGAUGCCCAUAUCCAAACGCAAAUUCCUCAAAAUUGAAGCCAAACACACAAUCAAGGACGAGCCGAUGAUAGUGUCCCUCAACUCCUCGUCGUUUUGCAGUAAGCAGCAUGACAAUAUUUUGGAUCAGGGCUUCCUUUUGGGACCCAGCGACAGUGCCAUAUUUCCCAGCACAGUGCCCCCAGUUCUGAUGUCUAAAGAAUGGGAAAUGGUUGUUUGUGGACAAACUAAAGACCAGCUCAUAAUGACGGAGAAAGCGAGACGCUACCUUCGCUCGCUAAAAACCCGCGCCACCAACCGGGCGCUGAUUCUGUCCUGAGACGUGUUUCAUCUCCACACCAACACAUGCAGAACCUAAUGUUGCUGUUUGACCCCUGUGCCGUUUUGUUGUUGUAACUUGUGGUGAAGAAGAGCAACAUGUCAUAUGUAUGUUUAGUACAGUUUUCAAUAGCAAUCACAACACUGACAAUAUAUAGCCCCUUGAAUAAUUUGAGGGUGAUUUUUAGUCUCACUCCAAUGGCCUUGUGUAAGGCUUGAAAAAAUAGAAGUAAUGAAUCGCAUUUCAUUGUUUUGUCACCUAAACAAGAAAAGAGCAAUGAAUGUAGAAUCGGAAAAAAAAUCACGGCCAAUCACUUUUGCUAUCACUGAAAAGACAUGGUUUUACAUUGCAUAAUGUGUCUGUAAUUUAACUGUUUUUUAAAGUUGUGAAGAGUACAAAAGUCUCAGGUCGCGCCUCCAUAUCUUAAGUUCUGAUGUAUGACUUGAAUGUGGAGUAAAUUCAGCUUGAUCACUAAUGCAUUUAGAGAUGAGGGGGUCCAUGUUGAAAAUGUUGAGUGAACAUGUCUUGUUGUAAAAAUCUGUUUAGCAUGUGUCUAGAUUCAUAAUAUAAAUCUCAAUAUGCAAAUAAAAAGUGAGGUCCUAUGGGGGGCAUUUGGAUGUCUAAUGGAAAUUUAACAGUGACCGAAGAACACAUCUGCUAUCCAUCAAGGAGACCUACUACUUAUUGAGAUCCAACUGAGUGAUGAAUACACUUAGGAAAGUUGUUGUAGCAUCCAUGUAGUUGCGAUGCAAUGGGACAUGGACGCUGUACCACGGUUGAUGUAAAGAAUAUUAUGUCAAUUGGCACUGUUUGUAAAUAUUUAGAGUUGUAUGUUUUUACUUUAUCAUACAGAAUUUUGUUAAGAAAUUUAAUAAAACGCAUGUAAUAUGUCCAAUGCACACUUUUCUCCUGAUUAUGCCUCUGCAGCACAAAGCAGCGUAUCUAAUUCGAAGU